AUGACAGAAGACGAGAAUUAUGCGAUUCGUCGUGCUAGUGCAUCCCAAGGCCGUGCACCGGCACCCAGGAAACUGAAAGAUACCUGUGACAUGUGCUCGGCGUCCAAGGUAAAAUGUGAUAAAAGAAAACCACUUUGCAGUCGUUGUGAAAGAUUGGGUUACCCGUGCUUCUAUAGCCCGGCUCGACGUCUCCCAAAGCGCCGUCAUAGCCAACAGAGACCCAAUUCUUCUUCAACGAGCCAUGGAGAGUCUCCAAAUCGGGGUUUGUUGCAGAAAGGAUUUCUUGUUGAAUCAACGGAAACAAUAAAGGACAAGUCAAUAAGUCGACUGAAAACAGACUUUUCUCGUCAACUUGCUACUUCUAGGCUUCCUACGCAGCCGCAAGGUCAAGAAGUACAGGACCCUUCUUUGCCUGCCGUGGAAUCUGAUAUGCUCUACGGUGAAGCAGCGAAGGGCAAACCUGGAAUGGAGAGAAGUAUCGUGUCUGAAAAUUUUACGACUCUAUUUGAUAGUCGAUUUGAAUUCCACCACCCUUUGACGAUGUCAAUCAACGAUCCUAUAAUUCAAUUUCCAAACGGCGCGUCGCCGACCAACAUGUAUCUACGUGGCAAUUCAUGCAUAAAUUGUAGGCAUGCAGCUCCCCCAGAAACUCCUACGAACUCCGAUUGUGUUUCCGCCGCACUGGGAAUUCUGCAGAAUAUAGACAUGUACAAAUUGAGAAAACCGGUGUUCUGUACUGGUGGAGAGUCACCACUUGCAGGAAUUCCACCAAAUAUGAUAGCUGCCGCAUCAAUAAAACGCAUCUCCUCAAUGCUUAUCUGUUCCUGCUCGAUGAAAGUCGAUAUCGGGCUUUUGGUCGCGGCCAUUUGCACAUCAUUGUUAGAUCAAAUGCAAGUCAUUCUCCGCGGCCUUUCCGAACUGUCACGUCCUCCAACCUGCUUUCUGGAGAGUGACAAAACAUCUAAAGAUACAUCGGGCAACACGAUAGGAAAAUCGGGUAGCGUGAGCAAUAACCGUCAAGCCGAGAAGAACAUUUGUGGCCAUGGUGUACGUCGUCAUGACAAUCAUCGACUAAACAACAGUCAUCAUGACGGCGAAAAACAUAUGAUGCAACUAAUUGAAGAACUACCUCGCGUAGCCAACGUUGUGGCCCAGUUCACUCAAAGAUAUUCCCAAGAAACUGACUCCACAACUAGAAACCUAAUGGCGGCAUUGAGUUCUUCCAUGAACCACAAGCUGAAGUCCACUACUGACGACGUUACCGACUGGGUGGCGCGAAUUUAA